AUGACGUCUACGUCAGAAGAGGCUGCAUCCACACAAGCAGCCUCGAACAGAGCGCCUUCCUUACCUGCGAGAGAAGAAAGCAACAGUUUCAGCCGCAGAGGUAGCCUGCGCACCAGCGAAUGGAGGUCUCCCAUGCACGUUCGACGGGCACAGCUGCAGAGGAUCCUCCAGGAGAUCCUUGGAAGCGACAACGGCAGCAGCAGCCGGCCCGAUACUGCCGUGGACCCCCCUGCCCCUGGGGUGUCUCUCCAGCUGACCGCGCCUUUGACACCUGGAUGUGCAUCAGCUCUGGGAUUCUCAGGAGCCUUGAGAAAGGAAGAGGCAGCAGCAGCAGAGGCGCCUCCCGGCGUCUCUCUUCCUGCUUCUUAUGCAACUGCAGGAACCCACGGUCCCGAUAGACGCAAUCUUUGUCUAGCACUUAGGAGGGAUGUCAGCAUGAGCAGCAGCAGUGACAGUGACGUAUCGCGCUCGGCUUCCUCCCCCAGCUUAUCGUCUUGCUGGACUCUACGCCUGCCAGUCGCUGCGCCUUCGGACUUAGAUGCCUCAGCAGCACUAGAACUAGCGGCACCCGCCGUGGGAGGUUGGAUACUGCAUCAUCAUCAGCAGCAGCAGCAUGCAGCCGAGCCAUGUGUUCGCGCGUCAGUGGACAGGGUGGAUGAGGCUGGGGAUGACGAACGCGAGUACCGGGGCCCUGUGAAACACCGGCACCGCGAGGAGCUGCGGAAUUUCUUGGGAGAUUUCUGCCAGCAAGAGAUCCAGCGAAGCUGGCUGCCUUUUCAGGUGUACAGACUCGAAGUAACCAUGUACAUUUGUGUGACGUGGGGAAUCGUACUGCUCGCCCUGGGCAUCGCGCUGCUGAUCUUCGCCUUAGAUGCCACAGAAGUCGUUAUCGAGUACAACAACAGCACUCCAGAGGGUGACGUCGUGCCAUUCAAUGUUCAAAAACGCCUCAACCCCCCAGUGUAUGUGUACUACCGCAUACAGGGGUUUUAUGCAAACUAUAGGCCAUACGUAAAGGAUGGGCCUCCGCAAGUCAGCUCAAGCUACAAGUGCGACGUCAUCCGGACUCGAGAAGAGGCCCUCGCGCUUCGUUUAGUAGGCGGGGUGCAGACACUGCCUCGCUUGGAAUUUGCUGCUGAGUCUGGACUGCCCAUGAGAACGUCAGCCACUGAGGAGGCUUUUCCAUGCGGAGCUCAGUCUGUCGCUCUCUUCAACGACGACUUGGAGCUUAAGAAGCAGAAGGGGGGAGGCCCCGUCACCACUCUGAGCCUGAACACCAACGAUGUGCCCUAUAAGUGGGAUUUUUUGCAAUUUAUGGUGAAGAAAUCCUCCUGGACUGAAAGUGGUCUGGAGCCUUGGAUUUUACCCUCAGACCCCAAGUUUAGGGUGUGGUUGCAUCCUCCAGUGACGCCUGAUUUCCAGAAACUCUAUGGGAUCAUCACGGAGGCGCUAGUUCCCAAUGUGCAGUACUACGCAGUCCUCUCGCAAAACAAGUGGCCUGCUGGGGAGUGGGGAGCGAAGAAGGCAUUCGUCAUUGCGUCGUUGACUCCAAUGGGGGGGCCUAACAUGCCGCUCGCCCUCUUCACCAUAGUAACCGGAAUCUUGUGCAUCCUGCUGGUCGUGCUGCUGUGGGUUAUGAAAAAGAUGAAGGUCAGAUUUGUUAGCUCCACAGGUGAGAAGCUCUCUGAGUUUUGGGGUGCGCGACCGAGGCGUGCGGAGACGAGUAGUAGUCGUCGCAGUCGUCGUCCUCAUCGUCACAAAGCUUGCCCGAGGCCUCUUAACCGUGCAGUUGUCGUCGUCGGCUGCUGCCGCUGCUGCUGCGACCACGAUCACCAUCCGCACCCCUUUUGUCGUGCGCUUUCCUUUGGAUGGGGAAGCAUUGCUGUCUGCGUGAGUGUUGCUGCAGUUGCAGAAGCGCCUGCUUCCUCCUUAGCGGCCAGUGGAGGCGCGAUGGUGUCCAGUCGGCAGAAGGGAGCGGCGCUCAACAACGGGGGUAACUCCGCGAGUGGCAUGGUGGAACAGAACGCCAUCGACGCCGUGCGAAUGAAACGGCUUCUCCCCCUGCUGCCCGCUUCUCCCGCCUGUCUGUGCCCCGCACAUUGCAGGCUGCUAGAUGACGGCUCAUGGGAUAUCCUGAGAGGCUACACGCCAGCAGCAGCUGCUGCUGCUCGUGCCAGCUCUGCUGCAGGGGCAGCAGCAGCAGAGCGUCCGCCUUUGGGGCGCUCGGAGGAAGUGGACGAAGAAGAAGAAGAGGAAGAAAGAGAGGGGGAGGGAGAGGAUGACGACGGAGCCAGCGAAGCAACAGACGAGGACUACCAAGAGCGAAAACGAGCCUAUCUCUCUUCAUUCCGCGAAGUCUCGCAGGAUACCUACGGAGACAAACCAGAAGGGGGUUCCUCCGUUGGGCAGCUGGAGGAUCCGCCGAACAAAGCCCUCUAG